CGGUGCUGGACAGUCAUCGGCUGCAAGCGUACAAGAAAAAAAUAAAGAGGAACAAGUUUUUUCCUUGGGAAAGGUUUAAAUCAGUGACUAAACAAGGAAUACCUGAGUAUUCAGUUAUAGGUUAAGGGAUUAGUUAACGUGACCAAUUAUUUUUAGCAAUCAUGGAAGGGGUAACAAACGAAAUCAGAAACAAAAUUAAAUGCGCUGUGAAAGCCAAGCUCCAAGAAAUUGGAGCUUAUGUAGAUGAAGAACUACCCGAUUAUAUCAUGGUGAUGAUUGCAAAUAGAAGAUCUAAGAGCCAAAUGACUAGUGAACUCUCUCUUUUUCUUGGAAGUCAUACCGACAAAUUUACAGAUUGGUUGCAUGUUGUGCUUGAAAAACUUGAAGCAUUUGUGGGUAGUAGCAAUGCCUCUGAGAAAGCGAAAGAAGCGGUUCCUGUGGUACCGAAACCAGGAAGUGAAGCAGGCAUCAUUUCGGUAAAAGUUCAAAAUUCAUCCCCAACAGUAAUUCACCCAACAUCAGGGUUGUUGAUGGGCAAGAACAGUGAAACCCAGUGUAACGUUAUAGCUCAUAGUGUUCCGUUAAAUCAUGAUAUUAAGGAACAAUAUGUACCCACACCUGUUUCUUUACGUUCACUACCUCCAGCAAAUAUGCAGCAUAACAUUGAAGGGGAUAUGGAGGAUGAUUGUCUGAAUAUUAGAGAUGAAGUAGAACAAGAUUUCCAUGCUUCUGAAGAAAAGACUCAGAGGAAUAAGAUUUCGACGUCAUCGGCCACAUAUCAGUCAUCCCGCUCUGACUCACAAAAACGGCGGCAUACCAGAAAUAUUGAAGAUAGAUUUCCAAAAAAAGUUUGCAGGGAAGAAAGGGAACGACCACGAAGAACGGACGGUCGCAUCUCGUCGCAAAUUGUUUCUGUUGUGCGGCCCAUACUCAGUCAAAUUGUAAAACCUAUAGAACGUACCAAAUCAAAAACAGAGAACCAAGAACAUGAGGAAGACACAAGUUUUAAUAGCAAAACUGGGAUUAAUAGUAUCGUUCGCGUCACAGCCAGGCGCAGGUUACCAGCAAGGAUGCAAGCCACGAACUGUUUGAUUUUAAAAGCUGUGGCAGACGCGCAAAAAUCAGUUGUCUCCCAUCCAGCUAAAGUUAUGGAACCGGAAAUCAGAUCUCCACCAGCGCUGUUCACUCGAAAGUAUCGCGAAAAGAUCCAACAUGCAGAAUCGGUUGCCGUCACUAUAAAAAAUCCUGCUGUUGCUAAACCUUCCAACGAAUCCACUAUGGAAAUAGAUGUCCAACCACCCGGAAAGAUGACUAAUGGCGAUGAACUCGCUAGCAUGGAAGCUGAAGAAACGAUUGACUCCCAACCUGAGGUUCCCGACCUAGGCGCCUAUGAGCCAAUGGAAAGUCCCGUUCAGUCACAGUUAGAUAAUCAAACAAUUGAGACACGUUUUAUAGUUACCCUUGAUGGUGUUGACUCUUUAAUGGGCCGAUGCUUUGAUGAAGACAUAAACGACGAUGACACUACCGAAAUGUCCGAAGUACAAGACACUGAGCGGAAACCAGUGAAAUCAAGGCUUUUUCGAAGACGUAGCACUGGUACUGAAGCUGAAGUUCAACAAACUUUGGAACGCUGCAAGUUUUACCCCAAAUGCCGCCAAGGAGACCGGUGUAGUUUUCAUCACCCCAAAACCCCAUGCAAGAAUUUCCCAAUUUGCUUGUUUGGUGACAAUUGCUUAUUCAUUCACCCACCUUGCAAAUUUGAUGCUACGUGUACACGCAAAUCGUGCCCAUAUACGCACAGUCAACGAUCUCAGGCUACCAUGCCUCUCGCACCGAAGAUAAUCCGGCCUCCAGUGAAGUUGCAUCAUCAUCAGUCGCCGGUUGUGAACGGCAAAACGGUUUGCAAGUUUUUCCCGGCAUGCAACAACGUUAGCUGCCUCUUUUUCCACCCGCCGGCUUGCAAGUACGGAUCAAACUGCACUCGAGUUGGCUGCACAUUUUUCCACCAUAGCAACAUCCCGUCCGCAAAUAAACUCAAAUGGGUUACAGAUGCCAAGUGAGGACAUUUUCUUCUUGCUUUUGUGUGAGUGUUAAUCACCGACCAUGGAUCCGAACGUAGCCACCAUCACUCCAAUACACGAACAUAUAGGA